UCCUGUUACCUCCUUCCCGGCCGGUGACUCCCAAACAGUGGCGGAAAGCGGCCGCCUCAACCUGAGCACCGCGUACAGGCCGGAGACACCGGAUAGCGGGAAAGGAGCCGGGCGGCCCUGGAAGCUGAGCUGCGGCGUGUCAGGGUCACCUCUGGCUGAUACCACUGGCUGCUCAUCCGGGAUUUGUCAGUAAGAGGGAGCAGGGCAGGGGGUAUGAACCGCGAGGCAGCCCCCGGGAAGAGUCCGGAAGAGAUGUACGUUCAACAGAAAGUGCGAGUCCUUCUUAUGCUGAGGAAGAUGGGUUCUAAUCUCACCCCUAGUGAAGAGGCCUUCUUGCGAUCGUAUGCUGGGGUGGUGAACAGUCAGCUCAGCCAGUUGCCUCAGCACUCCAUCGAUCAGGGUGCUGAGGAUGUGGUCAUGGCCUUCUCCAGAUCAGAAACUGAAGACCGGCGACAGUAACAGGACUGCAACCAUAUCCAGCUUUGGCUUAUAACAUGGGAUGGACAGAGGCACAGUGUAGCUCGUGGAGAGACAGGGCAGUGUCUCUGGGUUAUCUGUUUUACACUCCCUCUGAUUCCUAAACUUGUUUUAUUUUAUAAAUCCCCAACUCCUCAUCCCCUCCCUUAGGCCGCCUGUUUGUGCUUCCAGAUAAUGCACAAAGGAGAAGAUACUUGGCGCGCUUCCCAUCUAAUGGACAGUGUCCUGCUGCUGAUUUGUCAGUUUAUCAACUCACAGGAACAUUUGUUUUUAUAUCUUCCUUUCACUAAUUUCUCCUAGUCCUGGAAUGUUACUGUUGCUGAGCCUUUGUUUGAAUCCAACUCCACAAGCUGGGCCUAUAAAGACACACCCAUUUUUACAGCUGGGAGCCUGUAUAGGAUGGCGUCUUGUGCGCAUACACGCUCCCCAUCAGAUCCUUUUACAUUGACUUUUAAUUUUGUAAAUGUGUGUUUUUGUUUUCUUUUUUUCUUUUUUUUUUUCUUUUUUUUUUUUUUUUUAAUAUGUUGGCGCUUCUGGCUGUGCAACACUGUUUUUGACUUGAAAGACGUGAGCUUUUUGCUGUAUUUAUUACAAGUGUGGGGAAAUGAUGGGAAACUGCUUUUUGUAUUUUAAAUUGGUUUUAAAAGUUGACUGAGGCAGUAAUGUUGUUGUUUUUUUGUUUUGUUUUUUUAAAUGCUCCUUUGAGUGCCUGGCAGUAAAGUGUUAAUGACAUUGGAGCAAUUCCAUGAUUGCAGCUAUGUGCUGUAGUUUUGGGGUCGGAAGAACUCGCCACUCCCUAAAACCAUUCAGUGCUGUUUUGCACCGAAAUUCUCUGUAAUGUAUUUUUUUUCCUGCCUCUCUUUCUGUGCCAUAAAUUAUUCAGUGAUGACAUCUCAUGGGAGAGGAGACUCCAAAAUGACAAAUAUAAGGGUUUUAGCAACCAUAUUAAUUUGGGGCUUCAAUACAAACAUUUAUUUUAAUUAUUUUACUCUAUUUAAAACCUCAAACUGAAAUUGGAUUGCUGUGAGCAUUUGUCUCUGUACAAACCAGCCCUCUCACUAGUAAAACAGAAUAACAGGUGAUCUAUAUUUCCAGGGACCUGGAUUUCAGUAGGAACAUAAUAGCUAUUUACACAGUAGAGUCUAUCAAAUACCAUCAGACUCCGUUUAGCAAUGUAAUUGUAUUUAAUAUCCAGAUAAUGUGCUGCCGAUUGGGCUGUAGGACAAAUACUGGUGCAGUUUUGCUGUACAAAGCAGCAGCAGCAGCACAUGGUGCAAGUACACAUCCUUACAAAAACAGCUAGUGAGGAGCUGGAAAUGAAUACACAUUAUAGCACUCAAAUCACACAAAUAGUAUAGGUGGUGGAUACGUCAACAAAAGAUAAUAAAAAUAAAGUCUUUAUUAGUUAAAGUUAAAAAUCAGUACUUUAAAAGCAACUAGACACACUCGAUCUAUGUAGUCAAAAUGAAUCCUUGAUAUGGGUCCACCCAGGAAGGUGAAAAUAAAUACGUUUCAGGUUGGAUAUGUUAUGGAGUUCUUCCGCUCUCUGUAUCUGCAAGUACUCAUCCUACCAAUAUCACAGCAGUAGGUCACACGAACAAUCGGCACUAUUUUUGAAAACACAUCUCUUUGCUAAUAUACAUCUAAUGGUAUUUGAAAUGCACCUCUGUGUAUAGGUAAUAUCCCUUUAUGCUGUCCCUUUAUUGAAGCUAAAGUCAUCUGAGUCCCACGCACCCUUUAUGAGAAUUUCACACUAUGUACACCUUUAAUGUGAGAUUUGUAUCUGCAAAUUUCCCUUUACUAGGACACAUUUAAAGUUUCUUUUAACAAUAAGCUAAAAUAAAGCAGUUUUGUAGAAAA